AUGGUCUCUGCCCAAGACUCCCAAUCCAUCCAGAAAGUAUGGGGAGUCUUUGCAUUUACCGUCUACGGAGACAGCAAGCCCAGUGAGCUCACCAGCUCUCGAACAUUGACCGACUACGGAGCCAACGAACUCGCCACGGCAGCAUCGGAUUUCCGUUAUCGUUAUGUGUCUGGAGGCUCUAAUACUAUAAUCCAGAACAUAUCCCCAAUAAUUUUGGACUCAAACGAUGUGGUUGUGCUCUCGGCAACGGAUCAGAACAUUGUUGGUUCCGCCCAAGCCUUCAUGCAGGGUCUAUACCCACCAUUGGGCUCAAUGAACAUACCGAGCAGCCAAAUUGCGAACGGAUCGUUUACACAGGCGCCAUUGAACGGAUACCAAUACCCUCGGAUUGUUACAGUCGGUAAUGCCGACCCUCAGUCUAUUUUGAUUGAAGGUCACGCGAUGUGUGACAUGUAUAAUGCCGCCGAAGGCGAAUACCGUGGGAGUAACGAAGCCCAGGAUAUCACACGAGACACAGACGCCUUUUAUAGAAAACUAUGGAAACUGGCAUUGUCUGGAGCCUACGAUGAUACUUCUGCAACUUACACAAAUGCCGUUGCAAUCUCGGAAUAUUUGGAUUAUGAAGUUGUGCAUAAUGACAGCUUGUUGGAAAGUCUGAACCACGCCGACAUCAUCCGUGCUCGCUCGCUGGCGGACCAGUACGCAUGGAGCACCAACAGCCAACAAUCAUCUUCCAGCGGGUCUGCGAUCAGAGUAGCUAGCCCAAUUGCCGGGCAGACAUUGGCAUCGAGCAUUCUAGAAGCCUUCGAUCUGAACAUCCAGGCAAGUGGCACCCGGCAGAAGAUGACUCUGUUGUUCGGCGGUGAUGAGCCAGCUGUUGCCCUGUCGUCUCUGUUGGGACUCGCAAACCAGCAUCAACCCAACUUUUUCUCCCGCUUGGUACGAGGUGGCUCAUUUGUUUUCGAGCUGUACAGCUACGAGAACAGCAGCAACUUGUACCCAACAUACCCUGGGAUGGACAAUUUGUACGUGAGAUUCUUGCUUCACAAUGGGACCGACAACACCACCGACUUCGAAAUGUAUUCCCUCUUUGGACACGGCCCUAGUCGUGCGUCAAUCCCAUAUACUGAGUUUCAUUCCGAGCUGGAGACAUUUGCGCUGGCAUCAACCGAAGAAUGGUGCCUACGCUGCAACGCUGAAACUGUGUUCUGCAAUGGAGUGUUAGACCAGACCGUAUCUCAGCCGAAGAAGAAUAGAGGUUUGGCUCCCGCUGUAGCCGGAGUCAUUGGUGCUGUUACAACGCUCGCUGUCAUUGGACUUACAGCAGUCAUUGUGUUCCUCAUAUGUCGUGCUCGCAAGGGAAGAUACCCCAAGAAAGGAAGCUUGGGAGGGUUCAAAGGUCCUAGUAAACUUGCCAGUGAUACCGAUUUGUCGUUCAGUGAACCCAUAUGGGGAAACUCCAAGACUGAUAGUACGCAAGCAUCCAGUGGUCUCGCCGCUGGAGUUGGAGUGGCUGUACAGGGACAUGAACGUACCGGAAGCUGGGAGAUGAGGCAGGGAAAAAAAGAGAUUGGGAAUAUUGAACCCGAUGGCAUGGAAGUGAUGUCACCUUCUGAGGAAAAUGGGGAGUAUUGGGGUGUACACAGUGGCCUUCAACCUGUGAAAAUCCGGGAGAGUGUAUAG